CCCCUCGCGGUAGAAAAUCGCAGCUUCGAAAAAGCUAUGGAAAAAACGGCUUUUUGUUGAGAUUAACCCCCCAGUGUAUUCUUCAUGACCAUUACAAGUAAUCAGCUGUUUAAAGGGCUUUAUUAUCAUCACAUCUCUUUAUCUUACACUCAGGAAAUAUGAAAGGAAAAAAUACACAGUCAAGGAGAAUUCUCGAUACCGCAAGAGUGAGGACAAUCACAGAUAAAAGGAAAACGUUGGAGAGAAAUUCUGCAGAGAUUCGUUCCAUAGUGUCCAAAUGCUUUAAUCAACUGUCAAAUUCACUUAAAAUCCGCGAGAAACAGUUAUUACGUCAAAUUGAAGUAAUACACAAUCAACAAUUAUGCAUAAUUCAAUCAAAUUGGGAGCUCCUCCCCUCAGUACCAUCCAUUAAUAUAAAUCUUGACAACUGGCAAUAUUUAGAAUCCUCCAUCCUGAAACUUGGGAGACUAGAACUACCGGACAAGGACGGGCUCGUUGUGAAAGACGUUGAACCGUACAAAGUUGAGGAGUACGAGGAAACAAACAAAGAUCAUGUUAGCUUCGACAAAUCAAUCAAGCUCGAAAAUCGUAGUGAGAGUAUCGUUAGUUUAUGCAGGGAAAUGAAUUUCUCUACUUAUUGGAAUUAUAUUGAUUCACCGACCCGCUCUGUUUCUCCUGAUUUCGAUGUGGGAUUAGACGCUGCUACGAUUGUGGAAAAAAAGGUAAAAAAAAAAGAGAAAAUGGAGAAUAAUAAUUUCUCUCCUACCUGUUCACCUGUGUUAGCAUCGCAGUCUAACAUGACUACCAAUUCCAAAGAUAUUUCAAAACUAAAAAGUUCGAACAUUAUUUGGCAUUUAACUGAUUCUUCUCCACAUCCUUGUGACCAGCAAACUAUUGAAGAAACAAUUCUAGACUCUGACGUCAGCUCAAAUUCAGGCAAAGAAGAAGCUAACAUUCUCGGAACAUCUGACAUUGAUAAAGGUGAAAAGCACACUGAAAUUCCAUUUGAUAGGGACCCGAAAAAAUCUGUAGAAAUCCCAAACAACAGUGUCAAUAUCGAACGAGAUCAGCAUCCAAAGCAGAUUCAGCAGUGGCUCCAGCAGAUUCUUGUGGAGACAGAGACAGAGCCAGUGAUCGACGAAAUCGAGCCGUUCGCUAAAAUAUCAAAGUCAAGAUUUUGAGAACUUGGACUUUCACUAAGAACUUGAAAAGUUACGCUCAUUAAAUAUGGAUUAAGGGAAUUGUUCAGUAAUUUAGUAUUUACAUUAUUUAUUAUAGCUUUCAGAUACUUAAUUCUAUCAUCUUAUAUCCAAACUGGGGCCAAAGUUUCUAUGUGAAUAGAAGACCUAUAUGGAGUCUGAUUUUUUCAAUUCCUCUUAUGGUAUUAAUUACAAGAUACAUUGAAUUUUUGUAUUAAAAAGUCUCACUCAUUCGUCAUUUUUUCUUUCAUUUUAAAAGGGCAGUUUUUUGAGAAAAAUCCGUUAUUCAACUGGCAGCCAUAACAUAAGGAAUAAAAAACUUUAACAGAAGGAUUUUGCAAUUUACUGCAUUCUGAGAAUUAUCACUAAUUCAUGGAAACAAUUAGAUACAUAUAAGUGUCAUUUCGCAAAAUCUUGUAUGCAAAUUCAGCCUCCAAAUCUUUGGUGGCUUGUCCUUUGUGUUGUGCAUCAUUCAAAUACAGGAAAUUGAAAUUCUUCAUUAUGAGAGAUAUGCGUGUGAAAUGACGGAGAUUUGUAUGCUUGUACUACGCUUUUAGCUGUUCUUGCUCUAUCACAGGUCAUUCUAGCAUUCGAAAAUUAGAAUUUCUCAUACAGUGGGUUCUAAAAAAAGUUUGAUUAUUAGGGAGAUCUGACAAUUGACUCCGUUUUUAAUUACAUUUGUUGGAAAUGAUUUAAUUUUUUUUAAACCAAGGCCUCAUCAAGGGAUUUAAUGAUCGAAAUUUUUUCACCCAAAACAAGCUUUAGAAUGUUAUAAUCUUUUACGGAACCAGUACGUAUGAAAAAAUCAUACAGGAUAUUCUACAGGAAAUUCUAUGGAGAAUUCGAACAUUUUCUAACGAACUUUUCGGAUAGGAUCUCCUAUCGAGUUUUCUAUAAAAUUUCCUAUAAGAUUUCCUCUAUUUCUCUAUAUUACGAAAAUUCAAAUCGACUUUUGAGAAAAAAAUAUUGAGAAUCGCAUCCAAGGAGUCACAAGGGUCAUUAUUAGGGUCAUAAGCGUCAGAAUAAACGUCGGACAAGAGGCGUCAUAUAGAGGUCUUCUUGAGAGGGAAGAUUGAAUGGAAAGUUCUUGUGAAGGCCUCAUAGGACCCUUGUGAACCUGUCGAUUCAAAGAAUCGAUCGGUUUCAUUUCAUUUCAAUUUUCGGUUUAUUUAAUAACAACUGCAGAUAAACAGACGUUUUCUCCUGUUUCAAUAUUUUUCUCACGGACUCAAAUGAUCAUUUUUUCCACGGUUCAAAAGUGCAGCUGCACAAAAUAAAUUAUCUUGAGUACAAGAUUUGAAAGUAAACUUCCGAGAAAAUUCAUGAAAUGAGACAAUAAAGUUUCAAAUAAUAAGCCGCGAAACACUCUUCAAGUGUUUGUCUCUGGCUAUAUUUUGUCGAUUUUAUGAGUUGCAGGCGGCUACAUGUCGUCGACUAAGGGUCGAAGGUCUAUCACAGACCCUCCGAAACCCACCGAAAUUUCCCUAUGGACAUGGGACUUUUUCCUAUGCGCCUACGCUCUAUGCAUCCACCCGGUGGAUAAGGGAGAUAAACAGGAAAUUUCAACGGUCGAGGGACACUUGCGUCUGUACCCUCUUCUGAGAAUUUUACUGAUAGACUAUUUCAAAAUAAUAUUUUGAAUUUUAAAUAAUUCUUUUACAAAAUGCUUCUAAUUAAAAAAUGGCGAACUGAAUAGUAAAUUAUUUUAUAGUUCUCAAUUCGGAGAACUUCGAAUUAUCAGAAUAAUAUUGAUUGAAUUGCAUUGACUAAUAAUCCAAGUAAUUUACAUGUAAUUAACUAAGUGUUGUGAAUAUUUUUAAUGUGUCUGAAGUUCACAUUUUCAUACUUUGAAACAAUUAAAUAAAUUGCUAUUCAAUUAAAAAUAUUUGAAUCAAUUAAAUUCUGAUAAUUUUUAAUUCAAAUUAAGAGAUACUUUUGACUGUCAAGAUAUUGUUUAAUUGCGAGAGGAUACUUACAAUUCGAUUCUUAAGGAAUUAUUUCCAUUGAUAUCGAAAUUCAUUGAUUAAUCAAUUGUCUUUAAUAUUAAUGCUCAAAUAUUUUCUACUCGCUUUCCAAAUGAGCGAUCAAUUCUUACAUUGAAUUGUGAUUUUCAAUUGCGUUAUAUUUUCACUUCAAUAAUUCAAGAAAUGUAUGAAAAUAAUUAUUUCAAUUAAAUGAGGAUGUGGAAGGAAAAUUAGGACUUCCCGAAAUAAUUUCAUUGGUGGUUGGGGAUAGAAAAGUCCGCCUACACCCCAACAUCCUCAUGUGGAAGAGAUGGAGUUUAACCCUGAAGCAUUAGGACCAGAGUUUUUGAAGUGGGAAAUUCCGGGCCAGGGUCAGAUGCCAUUGAUCCCCGAAUUUUCCCUCCAUGUAUCCUAAGGGCACAUCCUCAGGAGUCGUAAGUAAAACUACUUGCAGAGUAGUUUUCAAAUCAGUUGUUCAUUGUAACCUGUUCGUGUCAGUUGACACUUUUAAAUAUGCAGUUUCUUUCCAAUAAUGAAACCAAGGGUCAAGUUAGAACCCUUUUCUUAUUCAUUUUUUCUUCAAGUGUUCAAUUCACUUUUUUCACUUGUCUUUCGUGUCUCAAUUUUAUUCUGUGAAAGUAAUUUAAAUUCAAUUGUUUAAAAAUCUUUUCAGUGCAGCACUAGUGUAGUCAACUUGCAUUUGGAUUACAUUUUACAUUGGUUGUAAGUUUUUGAACCAUUUCACUUUAUAUCAGAAACCUUUUCUUUUGUUCUGUUAAAUAUAGACUUGUGAAAGUCACGUUAACUUGAA